CAUCUAUGGCGUCACCGACGAAAACGGUUAUAGAAUUUUGGCGGGAAACGGAUUUCCCAAAUCAUUCACUUUCUCUCCCCUUCCUACUUCCUAUAUAUAUUGAACUCGCUUGCACCUACGCUGCGUUGAUUCUUCACGACGACGCCAUCUCCGUCACUGCGGAGAAGAUUGCGACAUUGGUUAAGGCUGCUGGCCUGACCGUGGAAUCAUACUGGCCCUCUCUGUUCGCUAAGUUGUCGUCAAAAAGGAACAUCGACGAUCUCAUUCUCAACGUCGGAUCUGCUGCUGCUUCUGCUCCUCUGUCCAUGGCAUCUUCCAGUUCCGCCGAUGCCUCUGCCGCUCCCGCUCCUGCUCCUGCGCCCGUCGAGAAGAAGGAAGAGGCAGUGGAAGAGAGCGAGGAUGAUUUGGUCUUCGGCUUGUUCGAUUAGAUAUAUAAUAUACACGUUAGUUUCUUAAUUUUCAAGCUUGAUUUAGAUAAUUGGGAGAUUUUUGUUUUGUUCUUAAAAUUCGAUUACUGUGGACUUGGAUUUUGUCGUCAAUGGCGAGAUGAAUUCUUCUUCUUCUUC